AUGGUCAAGAUAGCGGAACUCAAGGCAGACCAGUUGCGGUAUCUGCUAAGAGAAAGGAAUUUGGGAGUUUCAGGGUCCAGAGCAGAACUAGUGCAGAGACUAGUGGACCACGAAAAUUCGGAAGAAGUAGAUUUGGCACAUGCAGUCGGAAAUAUGAGCCAACAAGAGGAAGCAUUCACAUCACAGGCGGCUGCGAUUUCUCAACUACAACAGCAGAUGACGACGCUGACAAACAUGAUGGCGCAGUUUGUCAAUAAUAUGCCAACAGCUAAUCAGCAGCAGCAGCGGCAGCAACGGGAAGAUGAAAUUGACAUAGAUGAUUUUAUCAACCGUAACCCUGGAGACCAAGCGGCGAUCAGCCAUAGACAAGCGUCGGUAAAGGAAAUCGCAAACACUUUACCAGAUUAUGACCCCGGAGAUGACAAUUCGAUUUCAGUCAAUCAAUUCAUCGAUCGUGUCAACAAAGUGGUAGAUGCGUAUCAUUGGGAUGAAAAAUUUGUACUUCUGGCCAUAUACACCAAGCUGAAGGGUCCCGCCAAAAUGUGGCUCGAUUCUUCGCAGAUAUUACACACCACAUGGAACAGUUUUGCAGCGGCAAUCCGAGAAGAAUUCGGAUCAGAGCCCGACGAGGCUGAAAUUCACUUCAACAUGGCAAAUGCAACCAGACGAUCGAAGGAAACCGUGAAGGAGUAUUGUUUCCGUAUGUCAGCACUUGGAGUUCGAUUUAAACUUAGUGAAGCAGCCGUCAUCCGAUAUGUUAGAGCGGGUCUACAGCACAGAGAGUUGCAGAACAGUAUUGCAGCCAUUCAUUUUUCGUCAAUGAAGGAGUUUCGCGACGCUACCGAGGCAUACUUUAUAAAUCGAGGGAGGCCCAAUCUAAAUAAGAAAGUGUUCUUACCCAAAUCCAGUACUUUUGAAGUAAAGCAGGAAAAUGAGGUGAAGCAACCAAAGCCAAGAGAAGCUAGAGCAUGCUUCAAUUGCGGAGAUCUCGGACAUUUUGCUAAUUCAUGCCCAAAGGAGAGGAGAAAGACGCGUUGCUCCAAAUGCAAUAAGUUUCAUGCCACCGAUGUGAUUUGCCAAGCCGCACAGGUGAUGCGUUUGGGUGCAUCCAAUCAGGACAAGCUGUUCACUCGUUUAAUUUACAUCAACGAGAAAGGCUAUAACGCUUUCAUUGACACUGGAAGCCAAGCCAGUAUUAUUCGCAAAUCCAUAGCGGACGAGAUCGGCGCAGAUCGACAGGAGUGCUUCAUGAAAAUUGUGGGCAUAUGUGGAGGUUCACGUAUCCUUACCGAAGCUUUGGUACUAGAUAUCGAAAUUGCUGGAAAAAUCGUGACAGCUAAAUUUUAUAUCGCCGAAGACAGUAUGUUGCAGGAGGACUUGUUGUUGGGACAAGAUGUCAUCACAUGCGCUGAAUUGUUGUGGAAAUUCGAGCCAACCGAGAUUGAACUCAAGAGAGCAGUUCAUCAGCCGAAAGAAGCAGAAAGAAUCAAAGUAUGCAGCUUGCUCGAGAAGUUUGCAAACGUCUUUUCCACAGGCUUAGAAGGCAUAGGCAAAACCAACGUUGUCCAGGCAAAUAUUGAUGUUGAGGGUGGCCAAGUAGUCUCUCAAGCGCCAUACCGAGUGUCCGAGCCGAAGAAGGAAGUCGUCGCCAAGAUGGUCGACGAACUAUUAGAGCGAGAUAUCAUUACUCCAUCAACGUCAGAGUACGCCAGCCCAGUGGUGCUCAUCAAGAAGCCGAACGGUAGUGACCGUCUCUGCAUCGAUUACCGUCGCCUGAACAAGCUGAUCAGAAAGGAAAAUUUCCCCGUACCGAAUAUUGAGGAAAGGUUGCAGGAAGCGAAGCGUUUCGCAUAUUUUUCGUCACUCGACCUGAAUAGCGGAUACUAUCAGAUCGAAAUGGAACCAGAGAGUAGGAAGUUCACGGCAUUCAUCACAACGGAUGGACUAUUUGAGUUUAAACGUCUUCCUUUUGGGCUGAAGAACGCACCUGCUGCAUUCAACAGACUCAUGGCAGAGUUACAGAAACGAGUGAAGAAAGGCGAUAUGAUUCAUUACAUGGACGAUAUCCUCAUUGGCAGCCAAACUUUUGAUGAGAUGUACGAAAAACUAGAGAGAGUUUUAAAAGUAUUGCGAGAGUGCGGAUUGACGUUAAAUCUAGGCAAGUACUUCGAAAAGCCAAGCAAUAUCACCGAAGUGCGACAGUUUUUGGGUCUCACUGGAUACUUCCGGAAAUUUGUACCUGGAUAUGCAAUAUUAUCAGAGCCGUUGCGAAUCCUUUUACGCAAAGACCAAAAGUUCAAAUGGGAGCAGCCACAAGACGAUGCUUUUGAGAAAUUGAAGAUAUCCCUCACGUCAAAGCCUGUUGUAACUAGCUACCGCAUAGAUGCUGAACAUGAAGUACAUACAGAUGCAAGUGCCAUUGGAUUAGCUGGAGUUCUAAUGCAAAAAGAUGACGAUCAAUUAAAGCCCAUCGCAUAUUAUUCUCGAUCCACGUCCAAGCCAGAGAAAAACUACCACAGUUACGAGCUAGAAGCCUUAGCCGUCGUCGAGUCGUUGGAACGAUUUAAAUACUACAUUUAUGGAAAAAUGCUUCUAUAUGGUUAUGAGCCCCGAGAUGUCCUUAAAAACACGCUGACGAGUGUGAUCCAGAAUCAAGACCAAGGAAUGAUGACUGAUGCCGAAUUAGAGAAGCUCCGAGCUGACGCUGCGAACACUAUCAACGACCACAGAGCAAUUGCCAAGAAGAGAUACGACGCCGCCCAUUCCAAGCCAACUGUCUAUAGCCCUGGAGACAUUAUUUUGGUUGAGAACGAGCCGUUUAGCACAGGCACGUCGCGCAAACUAGAGCCGCGAUACAAAGGUCCUUUUAUUGUAUCGAAAGUGCUGCCCAACGACCGAUAUCUUGUUGAAGAUCUGCCACAUGCUCAACGAAAGCAGAGACAUUAUAAGUCAGUGUAUUCAUCAGACAAGAUGAAACGCUGGUGCGAAAUUCCCCCCGAUGAGCCAGAUGAAGACGACGAAGAGGAAGACGACACAAAUAGAAUCACGCGAGGACGCCGUGAUCGUCAGGAGAGGCCGAAUGUAACGAGCGGGUUGUUGUCAAGGAUUAGUUUAAGCAAAACCGUAUACUGUAAUCGAUAA